GCAACACAGAAGAAUGUCAGACCCGCGCAAAACUGUUAACAAAAAGCACGGUGACAUAUUAAACAAUCCAAUUAGAGACUCUCAACAUAGAGCUAGUGAAAUGAUCAAGUCUCUGGCUAAUCUAACCGCAAAACAGAAGCCAUUCUAAUGAUAUUAAAUGGAGGGUCAAUCAACGAUAGAGUCGGAAGAAGAAAUAAAGUUAAGCGGUUCCGAGCAAUUAACACUCGUAAAUCGCGGCUACAAGAUCAUCAAAAAACUCAACGAAGGGUCAUAUGCUAAGGUUUACCUCGCAGAGUACAAGAAUCCUAAUAAACAUGAUGCCAUAUCUGUGUUGGCUUGCAAAGUCAUUGACACUAGCGUAGCGCCGAAAGAUUUCGUGAAGAAAUUUUUACCUAGGGAAAUCGAAAUGUUAAUAAAAUUGAAUCACCCCCAUCUAGUGCACACACAUAGUAUAUUUCAGAGAAGAGACAAGUAUUUUAUUUUUAUGCGUUAUAUGGAACACGGGGAUUUGUUAGAAUUCGUACUAAAGAAGGGUGCUAUUCUAGAGGACCAGGCGCGGAUAUGGACGCGGCAGCUGGCGCUGGCCAUCCAGUACAUGCACGAGCUCGGCGUGGCGCACAGAGACAUCAAGUGUGAGAAUGUUAUGUUGACCGCCAACCAGAACGCUAAACUUACUGAUUUCGGCUUCUCCCGGUUAUGCAUCGACAGAAAGCUAAGGGAUAUUCAAAGCGAGACCUUUUGCGGCUCACUUUCCUACACGGCUCCUGAAAUACUCCAGGGAACACCUUAUUACCCAAAACCUGCGGACGUGUGGUCGUUAGGAGUUGUGCUCUACGUAAUGUUGAACAGGGCUAUGCCAUUUGAAGAUAAAAAUAUGAAACAGUUAUAUCAGGCCCAGGUCAAUAACAAUUGGAAAUUUCGUGCGCGGUGUCUUAACGUCCUGUCAGAUAACUGCAAGAGGCUAGUUGCGCGAAUGUUAGAGCCGAAUUACCAACAAAGGGUGAAAAUUGAAAAUGUUAUAAAUAGUGAAUGGAUUGCGAUGGAUUCGAGGCUACUAGAAUGGACAGCGCAAGAAACUCUGGCUUAUAAGAAAGCUCAAGAAGAAAAGAGUGAGUUAUUGAAAAGGACUAUGGCCCACGCCAACAAGAGCCCUAAUCAGGUGUACAAAGCAGUUCAUAUGAUAGACGAGACCCACAACACGAUGUUGGCGUGUAAAGUGAUUGACACGACGGGUGCGCCCCGCGACUAUCUCACCAAGUUCCUGCCGCGCGAGCUGGACAUCCUCAUCCGCCUCAACCAUCCGCACAUCGUGCACGUCACCGACAUCUUCCAGCGCCGCGCCAGAUACUACAUAUUCCAGCGAUUCGCCGAAAACGGGGACCUACUCAACUACCUAACAAGCAACGGCGCUGUGCCCGAGAACCAGAGCAGGCUCUGGAUGCGACAGAUUAGCUGCGGUCUCCACUACAUCCACACUCUAAACAUCGCGCACAGAGAUUUGAAGUGCGAAAACAUAUUGAUCACAACGAAUUACAAUGUCAAGAUAACUGAUUUCGGUUUCGCGCGCGGAGUCCGCUGCAGGGAUCGGGACGUUUUGUCGGAGACAUUCUGCGGGUCGCUUUCGUACGCCGCGCCAGAAGUACUAAAGGGUAUCCCGUAUCUACCUAAGCUGGCUGAUAUGUGGUCCAUGGGGAUCAUUCUUUACACUAUGCUAAACCAAGCCCUACCAUUUAAUGAGACUUCUGCGAGAAAGUUGUAUGAGAAACAGGUGACGAAGAAGUGGCGGUUCCGCUCGAAUGUAGUGAAUCAACUAUCAGAGGAAUGCAAGCGGCAAGUUACCCAGCUGAUGGAACCGGAGGCGAAGGCGCGGCCAACGGCCAGCAGCCUCUUUAACGGUCCCUGGAUCGGCAUGGACCCUCGCCUUCUUAAGUUAACUUUUAUGGAAGAGUCACUACUCAAACAAGCUGUAGCAGUUGUCGAGAAACAGAUGAGGGAUUCCGAAGCGGAGACCGAUAUGGAGCGCAUCGCGGAAAUCCGCUGCAAGAGCCGGGGAAAAGAGGGAUUCAAAGUAUGGAAAACUAGUGACGCAACAGCAUUUGUAAAAUCGAAACAUAUGUUUGAGGAUAAUGAAAAAAAAUAAGAAUAAAAAACGAAAUCAUCAUUCAAUGUUUAUUAAAUCAUACAUUUUAUA